UGGCAAUUAAUUGUUGCGCUCCCUUGGAGCGGCGAUGUCGUCCCUGGUUCUAAACUUCUAGCGGCACUGCUGGCCGCACUUGUGGCGUACGGGAAUUCCCCUCAAGUUGUCUUCCUCCGUCACUCUGACUCUCGCUGAGAUAUCAGAGAGGUAGCGAACGCGAUUGAAGUUUUGUGGCUUCAUUCAAAUUUGGAAACUUCUCUUCGACCGCCAAACACAAGCAAAACCCCCAACGGGUUUCACACUCUUUUUGCUCUCAAAGCUAUCAUAUAUUAUUUGCACAAAACCUCUGUAAAACCCCUGUUCUGUUUUUGUUUCUUAGUGAUUGACCCAAAAACCAUUUACAGUCAUGGAUGAAGGGCAAGGGGUUCUGAACUUCUCGGCAAAAGUUUCACAUGAAGCUAAACUCAAAGAACUGUUGCAUAGACUCACUUCGGUUGAGAUUAAAUUGUGCUCGGAUGCUACGAAGGAAUUUGUCAAGGUAUUAAAAGGUGAUGAUGGUGGGGAACUGCUUCGUCAGUAUGUUCGGGCUUCUCCCAGGUGCUCUGAACUUUUGGAUGCAUUGAAGCUUAGGCAAGGGAAGGAGGGAAUGUCAUACAUUUUUGAAUUAAUUGCUAAUUUGUUGAGUCAUCACGAGGGUAAAUAUAAAUCAAAUGAUGCCGAGUUAGUUGCUAUCAGUAGGGAUCUUGAUAAGUUUGCUCGAUCACUUGUUACAGAAAAUCUUGGUGAUGUUUACAAGGAACUGAAUAGUAAAGAAGCUAAGCGCCAAAAGGCUGCUCUCUUGCUGAUGGCUUCAAUUGUUCGCCGAGGGCCAAGUUUGGCUUCCGAGGUCUCGAAAUGUUUUGAUUUCAAACUUGCUGGGUUUACCAAGCUUGCAGAGCAAAAAUGGAAAGAAAAUGAGAAACUGAUUAAGAAUUCACUCAGGAAAUCGUUUGUUGGAUUUGCAAUGUCGUUUUUAGAGGUUGGAAAGCCUGGAUUGUUGAGGUGGGUUCUACAGCAAAAGGAAAUGUAUUCUGGGGUUCUUCGUGGGCUAGGAAAUGAUGAUGAUGAGACUGUCAUUUAUGUAUUGUCGACAUUACGGGAUAGAGUUCUUGUUGAAGAGGCAUUGGUAUCACCAGCUCUUCGGAGUGUUCUAUUUGGAAAUGUGACAUUGGAGCAAUUGAUUAACAUUUGUGGAAGGGACGGUGGUGGACCCACUGCAGAGCUAGCAUAUAAUCUUCUAGUUCUGGUUUGUACGGAUCCAUGUAAUGGAUUAAUGCCUGACUUGACAAAGCGUCCAAUUCCAUUGAGGGGCAAUACUAAGAGAAUUAUGGGGCUUAUGAAAAAACUAAAUGCUACUGAAAUUCAAUAUCACAGAGAUUUGCUGUUGGCCAUUGUCAAUAGCCAACCUUCUUUUGGUUUGUCUUAUUUGGAAGAGUUUCCUUACAACCUUGAAGAUUAUAUGUCACCUUCUUGGUUUGCUGCAGUGUCUUUAGCUGCUAGCUUGGUUUCCUUGAUUGUCAAUGGCCCUUCUAGGGAAUUCAUCAAUUCUCAAUUAAAUGAUCUAAACAUGUUUGGCAAUAUGGAUGUGCAAAGGGUCAUGAAAUGCAUGUUUCCUCGUCCAUUCAGCCGGUCAAUGAUUAAUAAGGGAUUACUUCACACUGAUUUUCUGGUGAAACAUGGUACUCUAAGACUUCUUUUGGAGUUACUCAAGUUUUUGGACUCUCUAAUUAGUGCAUCGAACUGUAGGUCUUCUUCCACCAAUCAAUCAAUGCAACCUAUUAUACCUUUCAAGCAAGAAAUACAGAAUGAUGUUCAAGCAUUGCUUCCUGAUCCACAAGUUUUAUUAAAUUUACUUUCGUCUUUAGAUAGGUGCUCCAAAACACACGACUCAUGCUUGAAAAGAACUGGAAGCCAUCUUAAACAUCACAGCAGAAGGAUCAAAAAGCUAAAAAUGGACACUGCUGAGAGGGACAUAGCUAUAGUUGUGGGUGGGAUAAGUUCUGUUUCUGAUGUUCCUUUAUCUGUCAAUGGGGAAGGUGUCUCUGAUGCACCAAGAGCUGAUGUAUUAGAUGAUGAAGAGGAUCUUAUCAGAAUAGUGAGGAAAAUCUGGGGCCUGGAAAUGUGUUCCUUGAUAAUUACCACACCAAAGGAAGUGGCGAAUUACUUGCACUCUAAACUGCUUGAUGCUCUCAAAUACUUUCACCGCAUUGUGCCUCAUGCAUUGGGUGGAUCAUUUGAAUUUUUUAUUGGUCUUCUCAGCAACCCAUUGGAGUUGCCAGUUGAUCUACAGGUCUCACUAUUGUCUUUGCUCAUGGAAUAUAUUGAAUGGCAUCCAAAUAAUGAAAUUCCCUUGAGAACUCCACCGAUUCUGUACAAACACCUACAGUCUUUCAUCAAACUGUUGAUAUUUUCAACAGUUAACAGUGUUAGGCAUCAGGCUUAUAGAUUGGCAAAGGCAGCUAUUUUCAGUACUGGUGCUUUUGACAGGAACCUUCAUGAGAUUGAAGCAUGGCUUUUGUUUUUACCAGGUCAUCAAAGAAAUAAAUCCUCUGCCAAUAGCUUGGAGGUGGAAGCGUUACAUAGUUUGUGUUCGAUUGUCAUUUCAUUCUUGUGUGAUGCUGUUUCUACGGUUGGGAAUAAUUUAGUCAAAUAUUGGGAUCUCCUUAAGAGUUAUGUUCACAGUUUGGAAGGCGUUGGAGACCUAUCUCUUGAUUUCAGCCCUCUUAUAACAUGUGUUAUGGAGAAAUGUCUGAGAUUGAUCCACUCUAAAUCUGGAACCUACUCGUUGCCUGAAAAAUCAAUGGUGUUAUUAUACAUGUGCAACACAGUGAAGUUUCUCCUGCAGACACAGGUUGAUGCAGAAUUGCUUUCUGCUUUACUUAAUAAACAAUUGACUGAGAGACUUGGUGGCUUUGAUGAAAAUGAGGAAUUCUUGUGUGAGUGGAAUUCACUGAAGAAUUUUUGGCUCUUUGUGCGGAGCAUAUCACAGCAACAUGGUGGUUGUCAUUUUUGUAAUGACAGAUCUAUCCGUUCAAAUAGUUCCUUUACAAGUACACUUGGUGAAAUAGAAAGAUUUUUAAGUAAUGGAUGUUUUGAUGAAACGCCAGGAAUAGCUAUAGCUUUUAUAUCCUCUAUUUUAUGUGUAGAAGUUGAUGAGGUAUUGAUGAAUAUGCCAAAGCUUGUGAUUAUUUCUCACAAUCUGCAAGGAAUCCCUUUAUCAAUCUUAUCUUCAGUGUUUUUCCUGGAUCACAGUGCUCUUUUCCGUGCUUUUGAGUUAUGGCCUCAAAUGUUCUGUGCUGGCCUGGACAUGGCUGUUUCAGAUCUUAGUGGCAGUGGUAAUAACACUGCUGCUGCUGGGAUAAAUUGUAACCAACUUUUUGAUACAACUGAAGUUGAUGCUGCAGCAUUUAGCCUCUUCCUGAAACAGGCGCCUUUCCAUCUGUUAUUUCCUGCAACGAUGUGUAUGAAAGGCCCUUGCUCAUCAGAGCUUUCUAAGAUGCAAGAACUACUGUUUGACAAAUUAUCAGAGUGCACUAGCCAUUGCUCUCUCCUCAAUCUGCGUCUAAUUCUCCAUUGGACUCAUCAAAUUCAGUCAUAUCAUAACUUGAACCCAUCAGUUGAAAUAGAACAACUUUCCCAUAUAUGUCUUGUCCUUGUAAGGAAGUUAUUAGCAAAGCUAUUGGUUUCAGAAUGUAGUUCUGACUGUGCUAAAAGUUCUGGCUCUUGUCCAUUAACUCAUAAGAUGCAUGAAGUGGCUAAAGUCAUUUUUACUCAUCCUUCUGUUUUGAUGUCAUUGUCCUUUCCUUUGGGAAAUGUUCAGAACUUUGCAAGCAACAUUGAGAACAGCUUUGAUGGGCUAAAUGUAUUAUUCGGAGAGGAAGUUUACAAUUGUUGUAGUCCAAUUAUAAAUAUAUUGACAAUUACUUUAGACUAUGUGUGGUCCAUCUCCAGUACACACAUUAGUGCAUCAGAAGCCAGGGAUGUUACUUAUAAAGAACUUGUUAGGUUGUUCAAGGCACUACAACAUAGACUGUUUCUGGAAGUCAAAGACAGAUUUGAUCAGUCUGUUUGUAUGAAAAAUCUAACACCUCUCCUCCAAACAGUUUAUCCUUUACAUGCAUUAGUUCAGUUUUUAUCCCCUUUUCUGCUCCUUGAAUUGGUAGAUUGGAUGUUUAGUAGAGUUGAGUUAGAUGACUGGAUGGCUAAGAAUACUGCUUUAUCUGUUGGAUGUUCCUUGGCUGCUGGUGCUUUCAGUGCUUUGUCCUAUUAUCUCCGGCAGCAAAUUAGAGAUAUGCUACCGUAUGAUUUAUUUUGGGAGAUUUGUGAAAAGGGUAGCAAGGCUCAUAUAUUUGAGAAGAUCUACAGUAAAGUAGUUGACUUCGCCAUAAGCUCUGAGAUAGAUUGUGCAGAUAAAUGCUUGCUGGAAGCUGUCAGUGCUUUGUAUGGCCAGAAACACAUUCAACAACAAAAUUUUCAUCCUCUGUUAUUGGCUAUGUGUAGGAUCAUAAUGAUUACUCCAGUGGAAAUAAUUUCUUGCUGCAUUUACAAGACAAAUAUAAAGAAAGCAAAAUUCUUAUUUAUUCUCACUGAAAUGAGCUCUCUGCAUUCAUCAAUCUUUGGGCAAUUAUUUAUGAAUCUACUGAGCAGAAUUUUAGAUCAUGAUAGUGGUCUAACAGGAAGAUCCUUUGACCUUGCACUUUCAGAAGAUCACUUUUUGCUGCUUCUGCCAGCCUGUUUGUCAUACUUGAAUUCAAUUUCUCUGAGACUUGGGGAGCAGAAUCGCAAAGAGUUUAAACAUGUACCUUACUUUUAUUCAAGAAUUCUUUUGAAAGGUUUCAGUCAGUGGAAGAACUUUGUGUCUAAAGACAUAUUUGAGGAAGAUUAUGGAGAAUUCUUUCCAUUAUCUCUCAAUCAACUUCUUUGUCUUGUUGAUGGUAGUCUUCUUGGAAAAUCUCUUCAGAUAUUGCGGCAUCACUUUGCUCUUAAUGGGCAUUCAAUGACACUGAAGAAGCGAUUGAAGCUAUUUAAGCAAAUUUUCCCGAAUUCUGCUUCACAUGAUGAGCUUCUGGACUGUAAUUGUCAAGUAAUUGAUUGUUAUUCGCUGCACUGGUCUUUAAAUGUCAUUAAUCGAAUUGUUGCAAAGAUAUCACUUUGUAAAAUAUUAUUAUUUCAUGAGGAAGUAAAUGGGGAUCUUAAAGUUGUUUCUUCAGCGAUGGGAAGAAAAAUAGGAACAUCCCGGAUCCGAUUCAUCAAUAUUUUAGUGGAUAUUUGGCACUUUAUUGUUAUGAAAUUUUCCUUAGCUUCUGAUCAAUCUGUAACAAGAAAGAGCAGAAACAUAUCAUCACUAUAUAAUCGCUUGGAAGUCUUUGUGUUAAGAAAUAUUCUUGGAUUGACUGUGGAGAUUCUUGAUGAUCUUAUCCAAAUGGAAUCUAUUCCCUUCCUUGAGCAAUUAUUCAGAUCUGCACUUCUGUACAGGUUUCAUGAUCCAGUGACAGUGAAAAUCCUCCGAGUCCUGUUAACACAGCUUUACGGAGGGAAGCUAUCAUAUGAUUCAUAUCUUCAAUUAUUACUUGCUCACUCGCAGUUUGCCUCAACCAUCCAUUCAGCGUGCAAGUUGACUCAUUCUUUUCCAUCAGAUUACUAUUUGAAACCUGUACCUAGCAUUCUGAAGUGUCUAGUCUUCCCUUCUCUUGACCACUAUGAAUCUGACAGACCAUGUGAUGAGAAAAAAGCUGAGCUCUCUAGUGGACGAUUAGAAAUUAUCAAGUUACUUCGGACACUUCUGUUGAAGAAUGCUCAUCAAUCUGGUUCAGGUUCUGGAUGUGAUAGCGACAUAAACUAUAAAGAAUUACAUUCACUGCUAUGUGAUUCCUAUGGUGCAACGCUUUCCCAGAUUGACUUGGAUAUAUGGAAGCUGAUUCAGGAAAUUGAGUGUAUCAGUAAAUCAGUGUCGGAGAGUAUUCUUAAUGCAGUGUGUCUAUGGGGAACUACAGCAUUGAAAGUUAAAAUAGAUCAUCCAUCGGAGCAAUACUCAUCAAAUAUCAAGGUUGAUUCACAAGAAACCAGAGAAUGGUCGACAAGCCAACUUAGAGAAGAUAGUCCAAUUGACCCGGACACAUGCAUAUCAACCGUUCUCUUCUUUCCCUAUGACAGAAGCACCAGUGAUGAGCUACUGUUUGUAACGAAGAUUCAACCAGAUAAUGUUGGGGAAAGGGUUGAGAUAUAUUCUUCAAAUGUGCAAGUUAGAAAACAAUAUGAUCCUGCUUUCAUAUUGCGUUUCUCAAUUCAUAUAUUGUCAAAAGGUUUUGUUGAGCCAGUGGAUUUUGCUAAGUUAAGGUUGCUUGCAAUUGCAUUUGUUAGCAUGUCUUCACCUGACCUUGGGAUAAGAAAAUCGGCUUAUGAGACUCUGGGUAUAUUCAAGAAUGCUUUGGAGAAGUGCCAAAAGAGGAAGGAUGUAGUAGGACUUCGCCUUCUAUUAACUACUGUGCAAAACAGUAUAGAAGAACCAUGGCAACGAAUCCCUUCAGUUAUUGCUCUUUUUGUUGCUGAGGCAUCUUGUAUUUUGUUAAAUUCUUCACAUGAUCAUUUUGCUGCUAUAAGUAAAUUGUUGACACACUCUUCUAAGUUGAAUUUACGGGUUAUACCUCUGUUUGAUGACUUUUUGUGGAGUACUUCUGUUAAUUUCAAAGCAGAAAGGUUAUGGAUGCUUCGGCUAGUAUAUGCAGGGCUAAAUUCUGAUGAUGACGCCUUGCUGUACAUCAGGAACUCUAUCCUUGAGAGCCUAUUGAGCUUUUAUAUGUCUCCUCUUUCUGAUUUUGAAUCAAAGGAGCUGGUUAUGGAGGUUAUACAAAAGUCUGUCAAAUUGCAUAAGAUUGCUUGCCAUCUAGUGAAACAUUGUUCUCUUUUUUCAUGGUUCUCAUCUCUCAUCUCGGUAAUUGGAGAGAGGUUUAAUGGUGGCGAAGAAAGAUUUUUCUUGAAGCAAGCAUUGGCAAUAUUGAAGGCUGUCAAUGAUGUCAUUUCAUGGGGAAGCAUCUCAAAAUGGCUGCAAAAUUUUGCUCUUGAGCAGCUGGCAGAACUUUCUUCUAAUCUAUUUAAUUACAUACUCCAUGAUGCAACAUUGAUGGUUGAAGCUGUGGCAUUACUUAAUCCCUUGCUGCAAAUGAUAGUGUCGCUGUUGAAAAUAUCCCAAAAAAGGAAAACAUGUCAGCCACAUUUUACCCUAUCAAUGGAGGGCUUAUUUAAGAUAUACCAAGUUGUUGGUCAGUUUAAUCUUGCACAUAUUAAUCCAGAGUUGGCGCUUGAAGCUAUACUUAUGAAUGGGCCUCCUGUCUCCAUUUUCCUGAUGCAUGAAGAAAGGCUUGAAAGCUUUCUUAAGUGGGCAAUUUCAACUGCUUUACAAUCAGAGUCUUCUCGAAAGUUAAUGUCUAAUGAGUCUCAAGUAUAUUCAAUGAAGGAGUCUGGUGAUGUGCAGCGUAAAAAUUCUUUGCUGUCAAAAUUUCUCCGCUGGUUAACAGCAUCAGUGAUUAUUGGGAAACUCUAUCAGAAAUAUGAUUAUAUGGAUGCCAAGUUUUUCGAACCACAAAACUUUAACUCCCUCUACUCUCUACUGCUCCACAUUGAAAACGUUUAUGGACGAAGAGAUGAAAUAAGAAUUGCUGGUGAGGAGUUACUGGCUUCUACAAUUUUCUCUCUCCAACUGCUUCUUGGUGUCAAUUGUGAAGUGCUACCCUCAGUUGUAUCUGCUCUGUGUCUCCUACUUUUUAAUGCUUCUGAUUCUGCAGUGGGGAAAACUGACUUAUUGCAAGACAACGAUUCUCUGAUAUCAUCGCUCUGUUCAAGGAUACAGUGUCCUCCAGAAGCUAAUCCUGCUUGGAGAUGGUCAUUUUACCAGCCGUGGAAGGAUCUUUCACUGGAACCAACUGAUGUACAGAUGAUGGAGCAGUAUCAUGCUUGCCAAAUCUUGUUAUUAAUCAUCUCAAAUGUGCUUGGUGGAAGGAAGUUAGAAUCCGCUAAUCUAUCACACAUAGAUAUUGAGACAUCUGAUGUAUUUAAAUGGGAAAGAAGUUUGCUUGAAAAUGAUUCUUGAUACGAAGUUAGCAUUGUAGAUAUUUUUGUUGUACUUUGAUUUUGUAUUUAUUAGGGUAUUACAUUCUUGUUCUAUGUAAACUCAUAUUUGAUUGAAUAGAUAUAGAUAUAAGACAAUUUGAUCUCGUU